CACUCGUUACAAGGGUGCUAUUUGUUUAGAUGUAUUAAACAUCAGCAAAAGGAAACUGAAAGUAUACAAUGGGAAUCGAUAGCUGAAGACUUUCUGAAUGUGGCUUACUGUAUUAAAAACAUAUUAAACUCGGGAUCAGCCAAACUGAGCCGGCGGGUGGAUGGACCCAGGAGCUGGAAUUGAGAGAGAAUUAGCUUUAUUGGUUUGAAGUUGCGUCAGGCGAAUGUGAGCAGAAUGUAUUUGGAAGUACAGUAGUUGAGUGAGAUACUGUAUUUACACCAGAGAGGGAGACUGACUGAGCGCACGCGCGGAGAGCAGAGACAUCUCACUGCAGCACUAACUGCAUACAGCUCUGUGCAGGUUUUCCGAAGCAGGCUCCUGGACAGGCUAAAGUUCAUGUGAGCUGCUCCAAGGAUUCCCCGUCUCCACACUGCUGCACUAUCCCCAAUCUGAUGUCCUCAAAGACUGACGAUCCCCCUCGAAGAGCUAGUUCUGCGGAGAUGGACUCUGAGCACCAGACUGAGCUUGCAGACAGAGUCGCAGCCAUCAACAUGAGUGCUGGGGACGGGCUUUCUAAUGGGAAGAAGGGCUUGCAGGCUAACGGGAUGAACAAUGGGGAUGGCAGCACGGGCAACUCUGCCAAGAAAGCCGCCAGGAGGCCCGUCCUGUCCAGCAGGAAGCUGUCUCUGCAGGAGCGCUCAUCUGGAAACAACGCCGCGGUAGGCUCUGGCUUCGGCCCGUACGCGACAGGGCCUUACUCCCAUGUCUCACCCAGAGUCGCUCGCAGGCCGACCAUCGAAUCAAAGCACAUCUCCAUCUCAGACUCUCAGGACUGUGUACAGCUGAACCAGUACAAGCUGAAAAAUGAAAUUGGAAAGGGCUCCUAUGGGGUGGUAAAAUUGGCAUACAACGAAGAUGACGACAAAUACUACGCAAUGAAAGUGCUGUCCAAGAAGAAGCUGAUGAAGCAGUAUGGAUUUCCACGACGCCCCCCUCCUCGGGGAGUUAAAGCAGCUCAGGGGGAUCAGCCAAAGACCCUGGCGCCUCUGGAGAGGGUUUACCAGGAGAUCGCCAUCCUCAAAAAACUGGACCAUCUCAAUAUCGUCAAGCUCAUAGAGGUGCUAGAUGACUCAUCUGAAGACAACCUGCAUAUGGCAUUUGAGCUAAUGAAAAAGGGCCCGGUGAUGGAGGUGCCGACAGACAGCCCCUUCACAGAGGAGCAGACAAGGGUCUUCUUCAGAGACGUGGUCCUGGGCAUCGAAUACUUACACUACCAGAAGAUCGUCCACAGGGACAUCAAGCCCUCAAACCUGCUCCUUGGCGAUGACGGACACAUCAAAAUCGCCGAUUUCGGAGUGAGUAACCAGUUUGAAGGCAAUGACGCAUUGCUGUCCAGCACUGCCGGGACCCCCGCCUUCAUGGCUCCAGAGACCCUCUCGGAUCAUAGGAAGAGCUUCAGUGGAAAGGCACUGGAUAUAUGGGCUAUGGGUGUGACGUUGUACUGUUUUGUGUUUGGGAAGUGCCCUUUUAUAGAUGAGUACAUCUUGGCAUUACACAACAAGAUCAGAAAUAAACCAGUGGAGUUCCCCGAAACGCCAGUGAUCAGCGAGGAACUGAAGAGCCUAAUUCUACGAAUGCUGGACAAAAAUCCAGACACUAGAAUAAGUAUUCCAGAAAUAAAGGUGCACCCUUGGGUCACGAAGGACGAUACAGACCCAAUGCCACUGGAGGAGGAGCACUGCAGUGUGGUGGAGGUCACUGAAGAGGAGGUCAGGAACUCCGUCAAGCUCAUCCCCAGCCUCUCUGCUGUGAUUCUAGUGAAGUCGAUGCUGCGAAAGCGAUCGUUUGGAAACCCUUUCGAGUGUCCUUCAAGGAGAGAAGAGAGGUCCAUGUCCGCUCCUGGGAAUUUACUCAUGGACAGGUGGCUGUUUUACUCCUCUGUAAAAGCGCAUCCUUCAUUAAGGAAAGACAGCAGCGGGGAUGGAAGCAAGGAUACAGAACUACCAGAAGUGCAUGAGGAUGAAACCUCGUCCUGAACACUGGAGUCCUGUCCCACAGCCGCACUGCGCUGCGUCGCUGCAUCAGUCAAACCCUCGCCUCUUGUGUUUCUGUUUCGAGCCAGUGACAAAAGGUGGGGGCCGAUACCAUGAGAAAAAACAAACAGAACAGAAAAAAACAACAUAGUAAUGAUGCAAGGGAAUAUUUUCAGCCGUUUACUGGUGCAUACGGAAUGCUAAUAUUACUGCCUGCCUGUGUCGUCUGCAACAGGAGAUUGCGUUUGGGUCUUGUCUGGAUGUUGUCUAGUAUGUGCAUUGUUACUCUCUUUUUUAUGUCAAGCUUGUAUAUUCAGUGCUGGCUUACAAGUUAUUUAUUUAUUUUGCUUUUUGGACUAUAAGGGAAGAUCUAGGAGUUUAAUUGUGACCCAGCCACUAGUCAGAAAACAGUCUCCAGUACACACCACUAAACAAAACGGACAAUAAUUUGCCAGAAUUGGAACAGGCCAGCUUUGCAGAUAGGAAAGGUAGGCGGUCACACAAAGACUGAGCUGGUGUGGAGACUGAACAGUUCCCUCGUCUCCUUACAGAAAGGGUGGGCCUUCCAGCCAAACCAGAGGUGAAAAACUAACAAUGAUGGAAAGGUCCUGUGUGUUCUGGAAAGCUUAUUGUAUAUCAACCUCGACAUUUGUUUCUUCUUUAUCUAACACAAAAUGAAGAACAAUUAGCCUAAACGGACAGAAAACUGAAUAAAAGCACUGGUGGGAUUUGUUUUGUUUUUUCUCACCCAUUGUUUUCUGUAAACGGUAAUUGUUGGGUUCACUGGCUUGCUGAAGAUUCCCGAGCUGUAGUAUGUCAGUUAAACUUUAAUACAUGUAUAUACUGUGGGUGUAGAUCAUGCCAUUCUUCUUGCACACAGAACUGUUUCUUGUUAUAUAGGUCUUACACAGGUUUCCAUUACAAUUUCAUUUAUGAUAGUAUUCAGUUUGAAGCACAGUAUGUUUCACAUAGUUGCGUGUAGGAUAGAAAGAACGAGAGAUGGUCAUCAGUUUUUUGGCCAUUGGCACAUUUGUGUAAGUUCGAGGGCAUGAUCGUUUUUCUGGCUUGACAUUUAACUAAAGUUCUUAUUUUAAAAUGACAAUGAAAGUAUAGAUGUAACACAAAUGGUACAAAAGCAGAGACUGGGACCAGAGAUUGUAACUUGCUCACAGACGCAGCUUUUAGGACCACUGUACUUGGAAAGUGUUCAAUUCCACGGUCACAAAAGCAAACCUGUAAACCUAAAAAAAACACAUCUUUUGUGUCAUCUGUCUAUCUGUCUAGCCUUGUUUUAAAUACUGUAAAAAUACUUAUUGAAGUUGAUGAAAAGCACUGAUAACUCCGUUUUUAGAAUGAGGGGGUUUCUUUCACAUCUCUUCACAAUUCACAUCUCGUAAUCCGCUCUAUGCAAUUUUAAAUUGAUCACAAGACACUUAUUAGGGAUUCCUAUGAGCUUAAUUAAAAAGCAUCCAUUGCAAAGUCAUCUGCUUUAAUUCCAGCAAAGCUGAAGGAAAGACUAUUGGAGCUGUUUUAGUGUGUAGCACAGGCUGUUGAAAUUGUAUUAUUAAUCACUGAAUAGUUUGGAUAUAAAUAUUAUCAACGUUUCCUGGGUCAUUGUUUAAAUGCUCACUGUUUCUGAGAAGCACCUCUGUUUUGCUGUUUAUUGUAUAGUAAAAGCCACUGUCAACCAUGGCUAUUGUUGAAACAAACAGCAAAGUGGUGGGUGGCUUUUUAUUUACAUAAAAGUGCUAACUGGCUUUCAGAUGGCAAAAUUGAGUGGUGGAGAAAUAAUCCCAGUGGAGGAAGUGUGGAUAAUGACCUGGGGAGGGAAAUAAAGGAACAUUCACCAAUUCAUGUAGGUUUAACAAGAAAUGUUCUACGAUACAGAGCAAGUAGGAAGAAUGUUGUAUUACUCACAUCAGUCAGUACCUGCCCCUCCCAUUCCCACCUCAGUACAGUAGUCAUCAGUUUAAACAACGUUCCCCUACCACAGAGUGGUGCAUGCAGAUCACCUGUUGUCUUUACAAAGAAACCAGAGGGUUAUGAUGCCCUAACCACAGAGCGUGAAACGGCAUUGUAAUUAAGCACUGCUGCUAUGUAUCAUAUUGAGUGUUUUAAAUGUCAGUGUUUGCAGCGUCUGUUCAUUGAAAUUGAACUGGAUGUAAAGCCUAACUAUGAAUGUACUGUAUGUAGUCUUUGUUAAACGAAGCAUGACGUGUCUGUACUGAACUGAAAUGCAACCGUUACAACUAUGUAAAUAUGUACCAAUUUAAAGAGGCUAUUUUUUGCAUGCUUUUGUACACUAGAGGUAAACCAAGACAAUAAAGUAAUCGAAACAC